CCUCAUCCACUGUGACUUAAGCCAAUCACAGACCACCAAGCACUGACUUGUGGAUCUCCUUCACAUGGUUUCUGCCGCUUUGUCAAGUUGAGGGCAGCCCAGUUCUCUUUGUGGAAUCUUGUUUUCUUCUUCCUUCCUUUUUCUCCUCCCUCAUCCCCUGUCUUCAUGUGGUAACUGUUCAUUAAGACACUAGUGGCGCCUCUUCUGGUGCGAUGAGCAGCCUGCACCAGCAGCAUCAUGGCAGCACAGGCUCAGAGCAAGACAUCCCCUCUGCUGCCUCCUCUGUCAGCCUCCCCUCAGUUAGAAAGAAUCCCAAAAGACGGCGUCUGUCGCUCCACUCACUCUUUGGACGGAGAUGCAGACCUGAUCGCGACUCCAAACGCAAGUCGAGGACUCUGCAGCCUGGAGCUGGAGCUGGAGCUGGAGCUGGAGCGGACGGCGUUGUCACUAUUGAAAACCUACAGUCCGAGAUGAGCCAUGAGAAAACUUCCAGCCAGUUGCCAUCGGAUGUGGCGUCGACAUCAUCGGGUCCGGGGUCUUCGUCAGAGCUUCUGGAGUGCCCCCUGUGCCUGCUGCGCCACACACGCGAGCACUUCCCAGACAUCAUGACCUGUAGCCAUCGCUCCUGCGCAGACUGUCUGCGACAGUACCUGCGCAUCGAAAUCUCAGAGUCCCGAGUCAACAUCUGCUGUCCCGAGUGCGCGGAGCGCUUCAAUCCCCACGACAUCCAGAUGAUCCUAGGAGACCGGGCCCUCAUGGAGAAGUACGAGGAGUUCAUGCUGAGGAGGUGGCUGGUGUCCGAACCCGACUGCCGCUGGUGCCCCGCCCCCGACUGCGGUUAUGCAGUCAUAGCGUUCGGCUGCGCCAGCUGCCCAAAGAUCACCUGUGGGCGUGAGGGCUGCGGGACAGAGUUCUGCUACCACUGCAAGCAGCUGUGGCAUCCCAACCAGACGUGUGACACGGCACGACAGCAAAGGGCCCAGAGCCUCCGACUCAGGGGUUUCAGGUCAUCGUCUCUCAGCUACAGCCAAGAGAGUGGAGCAGCCGGUGACGACAUCAAACCGUGCCCUCGCUGCUCUGCGUACAUCUUCAAGAUGAACGAUGGAAGCUGUAAUCACAUGACCUGCGCUGUCUGUGGCUGUGAGUUCUGUUGGCUCUGCAUGAAGGAAAUCUCCGACCUGCACUACCUAAGUCCAUCGGGCUGCACCUUCUGGGGGAAGAAGCCAUGGAGCAGAAAGAAGAAGAUCCUUUGGCAGCUCGGCACGUUGGUGGGAGCACCUGUGGGCAUCGCUCUCAUUGCUGGCAUCGCCGUCCCGGCAAUGCUCUUCGGCAUCCCAGUCUAUGUGGGCAGAAGGAUUCACAAUCGUUACGAAGGCAAGGACAUCUCCAAGCACAAGAGGAACUUGGUGAUAGCUGGCGGCGUGACGCUAUCCAUGAUCGUGUCUCCUGUUGUUGCUGCAGUCACUGUUGGUAUUGGUGUUCCCAUCAUGCUUGCUUACGUGUACGGCGUCGUCCCGAUCUCUCUGUGUCGGAGCGGAGGUUGCGGGGUGUCUGCUGGCAACGGCAAAGGGGUGCGAAUCGAGUUUGAUGAUGAAAAUGAAAACGUAGGGAGCGGAGCAGCAGCCACAGACACCACCUCGGUGGCGGAGACUCGACUCAACAAUCCGAGUCUCGGGGACGGGGCGAGCGUCGGCGGUUUGAUGGGUUUGAGUCUCAGCGUCAGCGGGAGCCACAUGGAGCGCUGCGGCGUCAGCUCCAAUCAGCGGGACAACAUGAGCGACAACGCCAGCACCACGGCCCUCGCUGGGACCAGCAUCACCGGCAGCCUCUUUGGAAGCUGCUACAACCGGAUGGAAGUGCAGGCGGACGUCCAGAAGGAGCGCUGCAGUUUGAGCGGCGAGUCAGCCACCGUCAGUCUGGGGACAAUCAGCGACAACGCCAGCACAAAAGCCAUGGCGGGAUCCAUCCUCAACGCGUACGUGACUUUGGACAGAGACAACAGCCUGGAGGCACCAGGAGAUUUGGAGUCCAAACAGGAGAAGGUGAGACACGGCAGCGCCAGCAGCAGCCUCGAUGAAGCUAGCUGCAGCAGCACCUCCGGUGUCAAAGGAGCCAGUGGGGGUGUGUGUCUCUGCUCGUGUCCCUCCAACUGCUGCUGUGGUCAGAGCAACAUCCACUAUUCCCCUUUGUCUAAGAACAAUUUACCCACAGGAGGCAAGAAGUGCAAAAGUAAGCUUUUACAAAGAGCAAAUAGUAGCAGCAGCGGCCAAGAAGAAGGGAAACUGAAUGAAACCAGAGGGGAUGUCGAUGCUCAGCUUCUGGAGCAGCGCAGCACCAACUCUUCUGAGCUCGAUUCACCCUCCCUGAGCGGCAGCCUCCCCUCCGUGGCCGACUCGCACUGUAGCCACCUCUCAUCAGAGCUCAGCUGCUCAGACCCCGAAACCUCCCGACCCAAUCAUCUGCCUUGCUCUGCCCAGAUGGACCCCCUUACUCAUCAUCCCACCAUCGCACCCUUACCUGAGGUGGAGCACGACCGCCUAGAGCAUUUACCGCCUCAGAGUAGCCAUGCAGCUUACAGCCACCGCCUGCUGUCUUCAUCUCCACCUGCUUCACCCAGAGAGAGGAGCAGCGGGGCAUUUCUGUACAUCAGUGAGGAGAGCGCUGUCGCGGAGCCAGAGAAGCUGGUGAAGGAGGUCGUCAGAAACUCCGCUGCACAGCCUGUGAGCCCAACAAGGAAGCGAUGCAUACAGACGGACAUCUGAAGCAGUUCUUCGCCCACGUUAGCGCUCGGCUAAUUUCAGCGCCUCGUGCAGGUUGGGAAGCUGAAGGUCAGGGUUACGGACGCAUUACUGAGGUAGUGUGGUGUAAAUGUCGGUGUUUGACAAUAACAGAGGGUUGAGAUGGAAGUCGGGAAGAGAUUUGUGGAUGUGAGCACAGUUAAGUCGAAGAAAAUCACUUGGAUCUCUGAUUGUGACAAAAAGGACAUUUCAGCCAGUUGGUAAAUGUUUUUAGAGCAGCAGGCCUGAUGCAAAUAGAGAUGACCGCAAAGGGAUGGGUGGAUCGCAGAAAGUACCACGAGACGCUGCAGUCAAGUGUUUUCUACACCCGAAUGAUUUUCUAUAAUCCCAGAUCGGACCUUUUCUUUCUGAUGCUAACAAAGAGCAGACAUAGUAACACUGACUUGGAACAAAGCUGCUAAUAGAAAAACGUAUUUAAUA